AUGUCAGACCGCGGCAGAGGCAAUCGUGGACGUGGUGACCGCGGUGGCGGGGGACGAGGUGAAUACCGCGGGGGCGGGGGACGAGGCGAUUACCGCGGCGGUGGGGGCCGUGGUGGGGGCCGCGGCGGUGCCACAUUCUCCGGACUAGGCGAUUAUCGUGGCGGUCGUGGUGGUGGUAGAGGAGACUUUCGCGGAGACUUCCGCGGUGGUGGUCGAGGUGGUCGAGGUGGCGGCGGGGGCGGGAGGGGCGGGAGGGGCGGGUUCCAGGGUGAGGAUCUAGUAUUCAAACCAAAUGCCGCGCCUCGCCCAGAUCAAGCAAUCAGCCAGCUAGAGGACAAGAUCCUCAGUGACUUGGGCAUGGCGAAUAAAAUGGCAGCCCUCAAGGUCUCGCCGGCCAAAGGCUCCAGGCCAUCUACCAACGAGCAUCUACCUUGUCGCCCUGCUUAUGGCACCAAGGGAACGGAGGUCAUACUUUGGGCCAAUUACUUCACGCUAGAUGUGAAGACCCCUCCGCUAUAUAAGUAUGCUAUCAAGGCUACAGGGCCUCCGAAGAGGCAGGGCCAGGGCAAGAAAGGCGAAAGCUCCAAGCAGAGCAAGAAGGGUGACGAGCGCCCUGAAGCUAAGGGACUAACCCUGAAGGCACUCAUCAAGUUAGCUCUAAACCAAGUCGCCCAAGGAAUUCCCUACGCGACAGAGUUCAAGAGUCAAGUCAUCUCGACCGCCCCUCUCCGGCUACCGGAUGAUAAGACGAUCAAAAUUCAGUAUGAUGAGGAGGGCAAAGAUUUUACGUACGAAGUCACAUUUAGUCCCGCACCUGACGUUGACAUGGAUGCCCUGCGGGCAUAUAUCCAAUCAAUGAAUGACCCGACCGGUGAUACUAAGUUUCCAAAGUUUGAGGCGGCUAUCGACGCCAUUAGCAUCAUCACCGGCUACUAUGCUCGAUCAAACAAUAAAUUUGCCGCUAUUGGCCGAAGCCGGUACUUCCCGCUCAAUAUGGAAAAUGAGAUGUUCUCGUUGGGUCAGGAAAACAACAGAGUUAUCCGUGGAUAUUUUCAGAGCGCGCGACCCGCGACAGGCCGUCUUCUGCUAAAUGCCAAUGUAUCCCACGGGGUAUUCCGUCCUUCCGGAAAGGUGUCUGAUUUGAUGAAGAAUUUCGGAUUGGCACAACCACCUUACGCCAUCAACAAACAUCUGGAUAAACUGUAUUGUCAGUGUAGGAUCCCACCCGAAAAGGCAGUCCCAGGAUCGAAGGGUGGUCAAACUAAGGAAAGGUUCAUGAGAAAGAAGAUACAUGGUCUUGCCAUGCCAGGAGAUGGAAUUGGCGACAACAAACCAAGGGUGCCACAUCCUGGUGCUAGAGCUACCGAAGUGGCGUUCUUUCUUUCUGGUUCUGCUCCUUCUGGGCUACAAGUAGAUGCGUACUGCACAGUAGCCGACUACUUCCAGAAAAAAUACAACUACCGGGUCGACCCAACAAUCCCUGUAGUGAAUAUCGGCUCAAGGAGCAGACCCAACUACCAGCCUGCAGAAUUACUUGAGGUCAUUCCAGGGCAGCCCCUCCUCCGCAAGACAAAUUCUAAUGAAACAGCGGCAAUGAUUACGUUUGCAUGCCGGUCACCAUGGGCCAAUGCAGCCUCUAUAAGCAAUAUUGGGCGGCAGGUUUUAGGCCUCGACGGUAGUCAAAAACUGACUGAAUUCAAGGUCACUGCGGGAAAGGAACUCCUAACCGUGAGGGGUCGUGAACUAUUACCACCCAAUGUCACUUAUCUGGACAUGAGAAACAAGAAGCGUAAUAUUCAGGUGACGGAGGGGAGUUGGAAUAUGAGGGAGGUGAAGGUUGUCAAACCGGGGCGUCCGAUCAUGAAAUGGGCAUGGAUCAACAUUUAUACCUCUGCCUUCGACAAAUCUCAAACGGACGAAGAUUUGGCAGUGAUGCGGGAAUGGAUCGCAUUCAUGCGCAGUAUGGGAAUUGCUAUGGCGGACGCACCCAUCAGAUCCGUCGCCGCAACCCUGGCAUUCAACAAAUCAGUAGCACCUAUCGAUCCCCUGAGGAGCAAGUUCAAGGAGCUCCAAAGGGAAAACCCUCAGCUCGUAUUCGUGAUACUCCCCGGUAAGAAAACCGACACCGAGAUAUAUAACGCUGUCAAACUCUUGGGUGAUAUUGAAUUCGGGUAUCACACUGUUUGUGUCCUUCGCAGCCAACUUCUUAAGAAGAAUGUACAAUACUACGCCAACGUCGGGCUAAAGGUCAACAUGAAAAUGGGAGGCGUAAAUCACAAACUAGGCAACGAUAUUAACAUCAUAAAAGAUGGCAAGACUAUGGUUGUCGGAUACGAUGUCACGCACCCAACUAAUCUAGGAGGAAACGCUGCGGGUCUUCCCAGUUUAGUCGGCAUGGUGGCCAGCAUUGAUCAAGACCUAUCCCAAUGGCCGGCCUCGGCUUGGUCUCAAGCUGGGAAACUCGAGAUGCUGGACGAAAACUUGAUGGAAAAGUUUGCCGAGCGCCUCAGGCUAUGGAGUAGGCACAAUAAGUCUCAGUUCCCCCAGAACAUCAUCAUCUUCCGUGAUGGUGUUUCUGAAGGUCAGUUUGAGCAAGUGCUAGAUAAAGAGCUUCCUUUGAUACGAGAAGCCUGCACCAAACUAUAUCCGGCUAAGCAACAGCCGAAGAUAUCGGUAGUGGUAUCGGUCAAGCGUCACCAAACACGCUUUUACCCUACCGAUCCGAACCAUAUGACCCAGAAGUCUCGAAACAUCAAGAACGGAACGGUUGUGGACCGUGGUGUCACUCAAGCAAAAGUCUGGGAUUUCUUCCUGACUGCACACCAGGCUCUUCAAGGCACCGCACGACCGGCCCAUUAUACAGUAUUGCUAGACGAAAUUUUCCGCUCGACUCUUGGAUUGGAGGCGGCGAAUGGCCUGGAAGCCUUGACGCAUGAAAUGUGUUAUCUCUUUGGCCGAGCAACCAAAGCCGUCAGCAUAUGCCCACCAGCAUAUUACGCCGACAUUGUCUGUACUCGGCAAAGAGUCUAUUUGGCUGACCAUUUUGACCGUUCGGAGACACAAUCUCAAGCCAACACCGAGAACACGAACACAAUCACAUCACCACGCAUCCACGCAAACUUGGCAGACACGAUGUACUACAUCUAAAAAUCCAUUGCCUCUUGUUCAUCAUGUUAUUACAUAUGGCUAUCUACAAUGUUUCCAAGUUCCACGUAUGUCUCACAGACCUUACGGGAGAUACCUGGCGACCUGGCACCUAAUUGCACUCGAAUAUAAUUUGUUUGGACGGAUCAUAGACGCCUAUGUUAAUGGAAGAACGAAGACUUGACGUAUUAUGAGAAUAUGUGCGUCCAUGGCGGGCUGCACCAUUACUGGCAUCCAUUAACAUUUGGCUUUGGUACUGAAAUCGGAAUCAAUCUCACGAUUUUCGAAAAAGAAGAAGAAAAAGGCAACAUUGAUCACACGUUUAAUAGCUUUAGAUCUGAAACAAAAUUUUGGCACCAACUCUUUGCCAAACUUGUGUGAUUGUAGAUUAGAACC